UAUAUAUAUAUAUAUAUAUAUAUUCAAGCUCCAGAAUUUCAGUUCAGCGCUCCAUUUCUCUCUCUUGCUCUUCAAGUUUGUUUGGAUCUCCAUUUUUGCGAGGGAUCAUGGCGAAGGGCCCUGGUCUCUACUCUGACAUCGGCAAGAAAGUCAGGGACCUUCUCUACAAGGAUUACCAGACUGACCAGAAGUUCAGUAUCACCACCUACUCUCCCCUUGGAGUUGCUAUAACUUCAUCAGGAGUAAAGAAAGGAGAGCUGUUUGUUGCUGACGUCAAUACCCAGCUGAAGAACAAAAAUGUAACCACUGAUAUUAAAGUGGACACAAGCUCAAAUUUGCUUACAACUAUCACAGUUGAUGAACCUGCUCCUGGCCUGAAGACAAUUUUUUCCUUCCGAGUUCCUGAUCAAAGGUCAGGAAAGGUGGAACUUCAAUACCUGCAUGACCAUGUGGGGAUAAGCUCAAGCAUUGGGUUGACAGCAAACCCUGUAAUUAACUUCUCUGGUGUUAUCGGUACUAAUGUUGUUGGAUUUGGUACUGAUCUCUCGUUUGACACCAAAACUGGCAAUUUCACCAGAUGCAAUACUGGUUUGAGCUUUUCAAAUGAAGAUCUGAUUGCUUCAUUGACUCUGAAUGACAAGGGAGACUCAAUUAAUGCAUCCUACUACCAUAUUGUGAACCCAUUGACUAGCACGGCUGUUGGUGCUGAGAUUUCCCAUAGCUUCUCAACCAACGAGAAUACUAUCACUCUUGGCACUCAACAUGCUUUGGAUCCAUUGACCACUGUGAAGGCGCGUGUUAACAAUUUUGGCAAGGCAAGUGCGCUCAUCCAGCAUGAAUGGCACCCCAAAUCAUUCUUCAGCUUAUCUGGAGAGGUAGACACAAGGGUUAUCGAGAAGAGUGCCAAGGUUGGAUUGGCUCUGGUUCUUAAGCCAUGAGUUUUUAGUAAUUUUGGUGGAGAGCUCUCAGAGCUGUAUGGGAGGGCUUGGGAUCGCAGUCUGUUUUUCUAUUCAGCUUUCUUAUCUCGACAGUUGGUAGUUACCUUUUGGACAGGAUGUUACCAUUAAAUAUUUCUAUUUUAGUUAUUUUUGCGCUGUAAAAAUAAAAUUUUAUGGGGAUACACUUGUGUACUUUUUUCGCUCCCCAUGAUCUCUAGUCACCUCUUAAACUGAAGUUGAAUACGGUAUUUUGAGGGGCUCAACUUGAGGAUUUUGUUCCA